CACUUUCCCACCAAGCAUGCUAAUUACGCUAGCAAUAAAUCAACGCACCAACCAUUGCUGACAAAUUUGCAGAGCCAACAAAACAUUUUUCCCCAGCAAGAGGCCAUCGCCAAGGCAAGUUAUAUCCUGGCAUGGCAAUUGGCAAAGGCCUGCAAACCUUUCUCCGACGGGGAGUUCUUGAAAGAAUUCAUGGUGACGAUAGCAGACGAGUUGUUCCCAGAGAGCAAAGACGGAUUUGCAAAACUGCAUUUAUCGUGCAGCGCGGUGGCUCGCCAUGUAGAACUCAUUGAUGAGGACGUAACCAACCAAUUGCGUAAAAAAGCAGAGUCAUUCCAGUUUUAUUCGCUAGCACUGAGUGAGAGUACUGACCUGGUAGGCGCUGCUCAGCUCUUAAUUUUCGUAAGAGGAAUUAAUGAUGAUUUUGAGAUAACGGAGGAAUUUUUGGCCAUGGAACCCCUAAUGGAGGAUACACAAGAACAGGACUUGUUUGGCAGCGUGUCUGGUGUUAUCGAAAGGCUGAAGCUGCCUUGGUGCAAACUUAUCAGUGUCGCCACGGAUGGAUCACCAAAUUGGACAGGAAACGCUGGCCUGCUCAAAAGAAUUCAGGAAAAAGUCAAGGAAGAGAGCCUGAGGCAGGAUGUGAUUUUCCUUCACUGCAUUAUCCAUCCGCAAGCCCUGUGUCAGUCCAUAUUGCAGCUUGGUCAUGUCACGAAUGUUGUCAUUGAACUCGUUUACUGCAUACGAACACAAGGACUUAACCAUCAUCUUCCGUUUACUCAGUUGCUUGAGGAAACGGAUCACCAGGACUUCCUUGACUAUUUUUCUGUCCGCUGGGAAAGUUUGGCGAAAGUAUGUCAACAAGUGUGGGAGCUCAAAGCAGAGAUACGCACUUUUCUGGAGACGAUCGAGAAAGCUGACGAUUUCCUACAGUUGAGCGACGCAGAUUGGAUUUGCGAUUUUGCUUUUGCGGUCGACAUCCUGGCACAUGUGAAUGACCUGAGUGUAAAGCUGCAAGGGAAAGGUACGUUUGCAUACGACAUUUAUACACAUGUGACAGCAUUCAAGUCCAAGUUGGCUUUGCUUUCCACACAAGUGUUGGACAGAUCCCUCAAUCAUUUCCCCACGCUUGCGACGCUCGACGUGGACACUCAACAUUUGCAGAAAUACAGCCAAUUACUGGACGACCUGCUUGGGGAAUUCAGCCACCGGUUUUCAGAUUUUGACAAAAUUGAGAAGUUGCUUCAGGUGAUGUCCGUUCCCCUGUCCCAAGACCCGGAAACGGUACCGGUUGAGUUGCAGUUCGAACUAAUUGAUUUUCAAUAUGAUUAUGGCUUAAAGGAGAAGUUCGGCUCUCUCAAACCGAACAAGUUUUAUGCUUCUCUGAGUGAAGCCUCUUUUCCAAACCUUCGGAAGAUGGCGCAGAGGAUGCUGGUGUUGUUUGGCUCAACUUACAUCUGUGAGCAGACGCUCAGAGCGAUGAAUGUCAACAAAGCACAUCACAGAGGCCAGCUCAAUGAGGGACACCUUAAAUCAGUCUUAAGAAUUGCCACGACCACACUGAAACCAGACUUUGACGCGUUGGCGAGGAAAGAGUGACCGACAACACUGUUCUCACUAACACUGAAGUGUGUGUAACACUUGGUUUGCACUGGACCAGGAUUCCAGCUCAGGAGGAAAAGGCCUCGAAGAGAGAAGGUGCCAGCGGUGGAGGAGGGAAUCUUCGAAGAGUGCGUCCAUUCUGCCUCCUGCUUCCUAUGUAUUCAAAUGUGUCUUAUAUUAAAAUGUGUCUUAACAGUCUUAUGACGACGUGCAAUAAAACCAAGCUGAAGAAUAUCAGACACUUUUCAAACUAAAAUGGUUUGUGAUGACUAGUAAAGUUCUAAACAGUU